UCUGCUGGGCGAGGGGCCCUGAAGUGCCUUUCCUUGGGUAGCAGGCAGUAGUGACAGGGCCGGGCUUGGGUUGAGUCUAGGGGGCUGGAGAGUCUGCUAACAGCUGGGUCACAGCCAGGGCCAGCAGUGCGGGGACCCCUCAGCAGCAGUGCCCAAAUACAGCUUGGGUCACUUGUGUCACCCCUCAUCGUGCUAAUGGGGUAACAAAGAGGCCGGCACCUUGCUCAAGGUCUCCCAGCCCUUCCGUAGAGAGGGAAGGGGGCUGCGUGCUCCUGGAACCCCUUUGCCUGGGAGCUUUGGGGUCAUGAGACCCAGAAAGGGAGAGAGGCAGGCGUGGAGGUGCCUUGGGUUGCUGUGGCCCCCCCUGCCGCCUCCCCUCUUCAGGGCCCUGUCAUGGUGUGAACCCACUCCUGGCCACCUGUGCUGUCACCACCUUGGCAUGUGUGCCUGAUGGCUGGCCCAUUGGCAUGUUCUGUCCCCGCCUCCCUGAGCUCCUGGAGGGGCAGAGCUGGCCUGUUUAUCCCCGAGCCUGGCUGAGACCUGUGUGAGCAGUGGAGACACAGUGGCGGGGGGACACUGGUGGACAGGGGGCUGCUGACAGGCAGGAGACUUUCUGCAGAAAGCAAGAGGCGAUUAGGGUGGCCCAUGGCCGCGUGUGGGGCCAGGCCCCUCACCUCCCUGUGCUGGCAGCACUGACCGAGUGCCUGGGCCCCCAUUCCCUGAGGAUGGGCCACCCAGAGACACCUGGGCUCAGAUGUUCACAGUGGCCGAGAAUCAGAAGAGGAGAGGGCAGCUGUCCUGGGGUGGAGUUUCCGCAGAUCACAGCAGAUGCUGUGUGCUGUGGACCCACCUGGGGUUCAUGGAGUGGGCCACGGGGCCCAGCCCUAAGCACUGCUGCGCCCAGGGUCACCGUGCCUCCUGCUGAGGGGUCCCCGCGCCACUGGCUCUCACCAUUGCCCUCGCCUGCCGAUGGCCUCUGCUGCCCAGCCUGGGGCCAGCUCUACUGCCUGAGCCCCCUGCCCCACUCCAGGACUCACCGUACCCCGAUGGGGUAACGUGACACAGGCCCCGCACGUCAGAGGCCGCUGUCCCCACGGCCACUGCCCGUGACCCCUGGCCCAAGGCAGCUGGAGUUGGUUCAGUUCAAGUUCAUUCUUUCUCUGGCCCUUGGGGGCUUGGGGCCCACCUCUGAGUGAAGGGGGCUGUCUGCCCAUCCACCAAUGUGGAGAGGGCGCCCCCGGCGUGGGGUCCAGCUCUGGACACUGCUUGGCGGCCGGGUUCACUUUGGGUUUUUAAGUUUUCUUUGCUGAGCUUUUUUGGUUGUUCUUUUUAUUUUUUGCCUCUUUAUGACUAUCCAGCUCUGAGAGACGGGAGGUUGGAGUUGCCCGCUUUACUUUGGUUGGGUGGGGGGGGGGGGCUGUUUUGUUCCUUUUCUUUUUUAAGAGUUGGGUUUUCUUUUUUAAUUAUCCAAACAGUGGGCAGCUUCCUCCCCCACACCCAAGUAUUUGCACAAUAUUUGUGCGGGGUAUGGGGGUGGGUUUUUAAAUCUCGUUUCUCUUGGACAAGCACAGGGAUCUCGUUCUCCUCAUUUUUUGGGGGUGUGUGGGGACUUCUCAGGUCGUGUCCCCAGCCUUCUCUGCAGUCCCUUCUGCCCUGCCGGGCCUGUCGGGAGGCGCCAUGGCUCGGAUGAACCGCCCGGCCCCGGUGGAGGUGAGCUACAAACACAUGCGCUUCCUCAUCACCCACAACCCCACCAACGCCACGCUCAGCACCUUCAUUGAGGACCUGAAGAAGUACGGGGCUACCACUGUGGUGCGUGUGUGUGAAGUGACCUAUGACAAAACGCCGCUGGAGAAGGAUGGCAUCACCGUUGUGGAAGCGCCGUGGAGCCAUCAACAGCAAGCAGCUCACCUACCUGGAGAAAUACCGGCCCAAACAGAGGCUGCGGUUCAAAGAGCCACACACGCACAAGACCCGGUGCUGCGUCAUGUAGGUCAGGACCUUGGCUGGACCUGGAGGCCCCGCCCAGCCCUGCUCUGCCCAGCCCAGCAGGGGCUCCAGGCCUUGGCUGGCCCCACAUCGCCUUUUCCUCCCCGACACCUCUGUGCACUUGUGUCCGAGGAGCGAGGAGCCCCUCGGGCCCUGUGUGGCCUCUGGGCCCUUUCUCCUGUCUCUGCCACUCCCUCUGGCGGCGCUGGCCGUGGCUCUGUCUCUCCAAGGUGGGUCGGGCGCCCUCUGCCCGCCCCCUCCCACACCAGCCAGGCUGGUCUCCUCUAGCCUGUUUGUUGUGGGGUGGGGGUAUAUUUUGUAACCACUGGGCCCCCAGCCCCUCUUUUGCGACCCCUUGCCCUGACCUGUUCUCGGCACCUUAAAUUAUUAGACCCCGGGGCAGUCAGGUGCUCCGGACACUCGAAGGCAAUAAAACAGGAGCCGUG